GUUUUUUAAUUAGUUAGCUGCCAAUCGUUGUUUCGAGAAGUAAAAAUGGGUUUAGGGAAACGAAAAAAUUCUGAGGUUCAGUUUGCCGCUGAUAUCCGAUAUAACAAACGCCGAAGAAGAUCAGUUAGCCCAGGUACUCCGCAGUUGAAAAUGUCAAGUGGCUCUGGUGAAGGGAGAUCUUAUGGGUACCGUGCAAGGUUACCUGAGAAUGAUAGGGGUUAUUACUCCAGUCGCAUGAGCCAUCCAUCCACCUGGAGCUGUAAGAAGCAUGAUAAUGACUGUUGCUGUCACCGCCACUCUGAUAGUGGCUUUGAUACAAAAUCUGUGAAGGUACAUAGUUUUAUAUUAGUGGCUCAUUACAAUAAUAAUGACAUUGUUAAUUAUGUUAAUCAAGUUUUUUUCUAAUUUUGUGGUGCGAAUAGUUAGGUUGUUAUAUGUUGGGUUUGUUUUUAGAUAAUUCAAUCAUACAUUGACCUCAAUGACACAAAUUACAACAGCAUGAACAAUUAUGAUAAUUUAAUUUUAAUACUUUAUUAAUUACUCUAUGUUAUAAAAUGUUAAAAAAAAAUUAAUUACGAUGUACUUAUUCAAUUUUAUGCUUAUCUUUUUUGUGUGUAUGUGCCAUUGGUUUCUGGGAUCCCCUCGAACUGCUAUAAUGUUGUCGCAACGUGUCGAUCGCUGCUCAUUUGCCUGCUGGUGUGUUGACAUUUUUGUGCAUCUGAUGCGACGUAUGUUCCUCCCUCCGUGUGGUGGUGGUCGUCGUCUGCCUUUCCGUGUUCGCCUUCCUGUGCUGAUCGUCUUCCUGUCAUUGUCCUAUCGGGUGUAAUCGAUUGAUCGUUGUGUCCUGUAGAGUCCUGAGCGUAAGAGGAAGUCCCAUUGUCGACGGAAAGUGAAGGAGGAUGAGGAAGGGCACCUAGUAUAUAAGGAGGGCGACUACAUGCUUGAGAGAUGUACUAUUAUCUAUUCAUAUUUCAUUUAUUUCCUUAUCGAACAAACUUAGUCAACGGUUUUGCUUAGUAUAUUGUUUUUAUUUUUUUUCAUGUAAUUUAUUUGGAAAACAUUUAAAACUUCAACUAAAGUUUAAUAAUUAAUUGAUCACUCAUUGUAUAAUGUUAUGUUGUGUUCUAUUACCAUCGUGUUUUUUAUCAUGUGAUGUAGAUCAACUGGGCAGAACAAUAGGUCAGGGUACAUUUGGAAAGGUCAUCGUUGCUUUUGACAAUAAAAAAAAAGAUAAAAAAGUUGCCAUAAAAGUAGUAAAGAAAGAUGAGGCAGAUUAUGAAGAUGCAGUUUUGGAAGCCAAAAUUAUAGAGAAGAUGCAAAAAAUUGAUGAUGGACCAAACAAUUUGUGCAUACGGGUUCUCGACUGGUUUGAUUACUAUGGCCACUUCUGCAUUGUCUUUGAUAUGCUUGGACACAGCAUCUAUGAAUUUAUGAGAAGAAAUAAUUUCCAGCCAUUCAUCAUGAGUGAUGUACAGAAGAUUUCAUAUAGGCUCUGUGGGGCUGUCAAGUUUUGCCAUGAUCAGGGACUUGCUCACACCGAUCUGAAACCUGAAAAUAUUCUUUUUGUCAGUUCCAAGUUCAAUUUCACUACUGUUGAGACUUGCCACAAAAGGGGAGCAUUCAGACAGAUAUGUGACAGUGACAUUCGUCUCAUUGACUUUGGGUCAGCUGUUUUUGAGGAGGACCACAGCAAAGGGCUUGUAUCAACGAGACACUAUAGAGCUCCUGAGGUUAUACUUGAACUUGGUUGGUCAUUCCCAUGUGACGUAUGGAGUGUUGGCUGCAUCAUUUUUGAAAUUUAUUAUGGUCGAACGCUCUUCCAAACUCACGACACGAUGGAGCACCUGGCCAUGAUGGAGAGAGUCCUUGGCAGAAUACCAACAUCGAUGAGGGAGAAAUCAAUAAAAACAAAGUAUUUCAAACAUGGUCGAUUGGACUGGAAUGAAGGAGGCAAAAUAGCGAGACGAGUUAGGGAAAGAUGCCGACCGCUCAUGGCCUACAUGCGAGACCGUUCAACGAAGGAGAAGCAGCUGUUUGAUCUGAUGAGUCGUAUGCUCGAGUACAGGCCUGAGAAGAGAAUAACAAUGAGAGAGGCUUUGAAACAUGAAUUCUUUGACGAUCUCAAAUAAAUUUUUGUUAUUAUUUCUGUUUUAAAUCCUCACAUGAUACUGUAUAAAGAUAAGUAUGAUGAACUUUUUGAAUUUUUUUUAGUUUUUUCGUUCGUUUGUAAAUAUUAAAGUUGAAAUGGGCUCCUGCUUAAUAUUGUUACAAGAAAAUUCCAACAACUUGUCUUGUU